GUGUUCAACAAGGAGACUCUACCCCGUACGAAGGGCAGAUACCGACUGCUGAUUCUAGACUGGCACCGAAGCCAUGCCUCAGCUGAAUUUGAUCAAUUCUGCUCUGAGAAUCAGAUCAUUGCUCUCUACAUGCCACCACAUUCCUCUCAUCUUCUUCAGCCACUGGAUGUUGGGUGCUUCUCCCCCUUGAAGACUGCAUAUGGACGACAGGUGGAGAAUCAGAUGCGGCUUGGGAUCAAUCAUAUUGACAAGGAGGAGUUUCUGGCCCUAUAUCCUGCAGCUCAGAUGCAGGCUCUGACUGAGAACAACAUCAAGAGCAGUUUCAGGGCAGCUGGGCUGGUUCCAUACAAUCCUGAGCAGGUUCUCUCGCGCCUUAAUACCACAAUGCAUACCCCCACCCCAACUGGGACCUCUCAUAGCUCUCAGGCCUCCUGGGCCACUGCUACACCACAUAAUAAACACCAGCUAGAGCAGCAGACUAAGAAAGUUAAAGGAUAUAUUAAGCACCGUACGCAGAGCCCACCCAGCCCAACUGAUCGUGCCCUAAAUCAGCUGGUCAAGGGAUGUCAAAUGGCAAUGCAUAGUGCUGCUAUUCUAGCAGCUGAAAAUAGGGAGUUAAGGGCUACAAAUGCUAAACAAAAGAGAAGGCGAGAAAGAGGCCGUACAUAUGUAGCCCAAGAGGGAGCUUUGGGGGUGGAAGAAGGCUUGGAUCGCGUACGAAGCAUCAAUGAAUGGGAAAGAGGGGUGGUUGAGGCUGCUGAGUCCCAACCACGAAGACGUGCAGCACCACAGUGUAGUGACUUGAAGAGCAUUCUUGUUGUAUGGCAGGUGGGAAGUGGCUCGCUUGCUUAUGUGGCUCGCUCGCUUAUCGAUUAA